ACUUUGGCUUUCAUCAUCUUUUCCUGUGUCUACACUGUUACGCUCGUUGGUGAACGGGACACUGCCGCCAAACUGUCAUGUUUUAACUUGCGGAGUGAGCACAGCUCUGUUUAUCUGUUAGCAUGAAGCUAACGGGCUUUAGCUUCUUCUUCUGUUGUUCUGUGCAACUCUUCAGCAGCGUCAUGCGCCCUGCGUCAGGUAAGCCUGUACAGUCCGCCCCACCUGGCCGAGUAUCUGCAGCUGCAGGCACAGAUGUGAUCCUGCCGUGUGGCCUCACCUCGUCUUACUCCUCCUCUGGGGUCAGGGCAGUGGAGUGGUUUCGGGUGGACGGUCCGUCACCGGUCACAGUUCAUGUUGUCCGUGAUGGUGAAGAGCUGGUGAGGGAGAAAGCAGCAGAGUACCACCACAGGAGGACGGCCAUAUUGGAAGACGGUUCCUUGAAGUUAUUCGGUGUCCAACAGCGAGACAACGGCACCUACAGGUGUGGCCUUCUGAGAGGAUCGACUGUGGAGAACGUGUUUGUCUCUCUGCUUGUGGCUCAGGUGUCGGAGGUGUUCUUCUCUGUGAGGAGGUCUUCAGCCAAUCAGCUGCUGGUUCAGUGUGAGUCGAGCGGCUGGAAUCCGGAGCCUCUGGUGUCUCUGUUGGACUCCAGCAGGAACGUCCUCGCUGCGAGGGUCGAGUCCUCAGUCGGACCGGACCUCCUCUACUCUGUCAGGGUGCUUGUUACCACGGCAACAGCUGCUAAAGCGACAGGAACAGGAAAUGGAACCUUGAUCUGUAGAGUGGAAAUCCCUGGAACGAGCCUGGCCAACGAAAACAAGAUUCAUAUCACAGAUGAGUUCCAUCCUCCAGAGGAAGGACCCGGAUGUUACCUCGUGCUGCUGGUCGCCUUCCUGCUGGUGUUUGUCGCCACCGCCGUCGUGGUCUUUGUCGUUCCUCUGGGGAUGAUCAAGAAGCUGCGAUCUUCUCUGCAGCGUCUGACCGGUCGGCUCUGCUGGGAGUUCUACUACGGACUGAUCAGACGGGAGACAGAGGGACAACAAGAGGGUGAGUUUGUUUUUAGCUGUAUUUACUCGAUCAGAGUCACGUUGACAGUCUCUCUGGUCUCCUGCAGACUUGGUGUCCACCCCGCUCUGAUCGCCGCCAUCAUCUCCAGACAGUCUCAGGCUGGAACCUCCCUGAGACCCGACGGCUACGGAAAGAGCGACCACACCUGCUUUGGCCUCAUGCAGAUCAAUAAGCAUUACCACGCGGUGAAAGGAAACGCGUUCAGUGUGGAUCACGUGGAUCAGGGAGUCACCUACUUCAUCCAGCUCAUAAAGACCAUGCAGAGGACGAAGCCGGACUGGACCAAAGAGCAGCAGCUCAAAGGUGCGUUGGCGUGUUACAUCUCAGGUGAGGAGCGAGUCACCCCUCUGUCAUAUGACGAGGUGGACAGCGUGACGCCAUACGGAGACUUCGCCAACGACGUGGUUGCCAGAGCACAGUGGUUCUCCCACAAUGGUUUCUGAGUGUCAGAACACUUCCUGUUUCUUCUUGGUGUUUAAGGAGCGUUUCUUCCUUCAACUCACCUGCAGCUCGUAUGCAUUGCUUGUGUUAGGUUUCAGACUGUCGUCCACCUGAACGAGUCUGAGCUCAGUUUUACUUUGAUGUUACAUUUAUAGUGUUUAAGACACCGACAGUAUUUAUGUUUAAAAGUGGUUUUAAAUGUAGUUUGCACCUCUGAACUGUUUUUUGUGUCUGCCCCGGUGAUAGCUGAGGCUGAUUUGUGCGUCCAUCUGUCCGUCCCAUUCUCAUGACCGUGAUAACUUCAAGAACGCCAUGGGGGAAUUUCUUUAAAUUUGGCACA